AUGAUCGCGCUCUCGCUUGUUUCAGCUGUUGGCGGCGGUGGUGGUGAGGGUGGACGAUGUAAACUCUGCCACUUUUUGACGGCUUUCGGCGAUCUGGCAUUUCGGCCUUGCCGUUGCACAACAGCGACGCCGCCGCCACCACCACCACGGCUACUGCCGCUGCCGCCUCUUUGUCCGACCCAGCAGCGCAGUCCUAGUUUUUUUCCCCCGUCCGUCCGUCCGUCGGUCCCUCCCUUCCUUUUCAUCUUUCCUUCGCUUCCACCGUGCUACCUCCAGUUCCUACCUGUUCGCGGUGUUUUUGUUGACUUUUGCCAGCGACACGAACUUGUGAGCUCCACCCAGCAAUCGGUUUUUCUCAUCAGCGUUACUUGA